GGCAGGCGCAUGGGCGAAACUCUCCCAACUCACUCUCUCUAAACUCGAACAUCGACUAGAGGACUGUGGAAGUCUAUCCGCUCUCUGCCGCUAACUUAAACUACACCGCUACCGGACGCCCCGUGCGAGACUUCAACCCAGCUCUGCCUGUCACACGGCUCGCGCCGCCGGGGACUGGAGUUUACAGGGGGCUGGGGCUUUAUUAAAGGAAUGCAUACUUGAAGGGGAACAAUACAUAUCUGGAUAUCCUCAGGCUCUGAUGGUGUUGCUACUGUGAAACUUUCCCUUCUUGAGUGUGACUGGCGUUCGUUCGUUUGUAAGCAGGCUGGGGUCGGCUGCUAAAAGUGGAGGCAUCAUCCCGUAGUUCAUAUUUUCUUUUGUUUCACGCUCUGUCCGGAGCAGCUUCUGUCAUCUCACUAACUGGAAUACUUCGCGUUUGUUUAUUUUGCGUGAAACAGAGACGCUGCGUAAUCGUUUGGAGACGGAGCAACUCAUCUUGAAAUAAUUUGUAUUGUACACCUGUUUCUUAUUGCUAUGCUUGCUAUGCCAGCGGAGCAAACAACUGUCCCCGCCGCCGUGAACAGGAGAGCUAAGACCGAUAUCCGACACGGAGGAGCGAACUGAGCGGGUUCUUUUGGAUCGGACCGAAACACUUUUCUGUGGAACUUGUUGCGAAAUGAGUCAACGACAAAAGGAACUCCCGUGCCAAGUGUAAUUUAACGGAGGUGGAAUUUGUCUGUUUUUCGGGGAAAACUCAUAGUUGUAUAAUCUGUCGUUCAGAGUUGUUCUCUCAACGAAGAGACUUCGUUCUGGAACCGGAACUCUGGAGAACGGUUUGGACCGCCGAACGCUCAGGGGGAAACGGUCGUGCAACUAAACGAUACAAGGAUCAGACAUUAGGGAGAGGCAACGUCACCUUUCCUCCUCCCUCCUCCACUCCCUACUUGUGCUCCUGCUAGCCUAACCCAGGCCUAUACAAGGGGCACUUCUUUCCCGUUUGGGUGUUUGUUGGCGGUGAUGGUGGCACAAGGGGUCAUGGAGACCAGGACUAGCCGGAGACCGUGCAGCAGCGCCCAGCAACACUUACUGCUGGCGGUCGCUCUCAUCGCAUGCAGCUCGCAACUACUGGUGGACGCCAACUCCUGGUUGUCGUUAGCGAUGAACCCUAUCCAGAGACCGGAGAUGUACAUCAUCGGGGCGCAGCCUCUGUGCAGCCAGCUGACGGGCCUCUCCCAGGGCCAGAGGAAGCUGUGCCAGCUCUACCAGGACCACAUGGUCUACAUAGGCGAGGGCGCCAAGACGGGCAUCAAUGAGUGUCAAUACCAGUUCAGACAGCGGCGGUGGAACUGUAGCACGGUGGAUAAUGCAUCCGUGUUCGGACGCGUCAUGCAGAUAGGCAGCAGGGAGACAGCCUUCACCUAUGCCAUCAGUGCAGCAGGUGUGGUGAACGCGGUGAGCAGGGCGUGUCGGGAAGGAGAACUCUCCACCUGCGGAUGCAGCCGUGCCGCUCGACCCCGUGACCUACCGCGUGAUUGGCUGUGGGGCGGCUGUGGCGACAACGUCAACUAUGGUUACCGUUUCGCCCGGGAGUUUGUGGACGCGCGGGAGAGAGAAAAGAACUACCCUCGAGGCUCCAUAGAACACACUAGAACACUGAUGAACCUACAGAACAACGAAGCAGGGAGACAGUCGGUGUAUAACCUGGCCAACGUGGCGUGUAAGUGUCAUGGCGUGUCCGGUUCCUGCAGUCUGAAGACGUGCUGGCUCCAGCUGGCAGACUUCCGCCGCGUCGGAGAGUUUCUGAAGGAGAAGUACGACAGCGCCGCCGCCAUGCGCAUCGGACGCAAAGGAAAACUGGAGCAGGUCGAUAAACGCUUCAACGUCCCGACCCCCGAGGAUCUGGUCUACACCGACCAGAGCCCAGACUACUGUCUGAAGAACGACACCACUGGCUCCAUGGGAACCCUGGGGAGACUCUGUAACAAGACGUCAGAGGGGAUGGAUGGGUGUGAACUCAUGUGCUGCGGGAGAGGAUACGACCAGUUCAAGACCUAUAAGCAUGAGAGAUGUCACUGCAAGUUUCACUGGUGUUGUUAUGUCAAGUGUAAGAGGUGCACUUCACUGGUGGAUCAAUUUGUCUGCAAGUAGCGAAGGAAGGGAGGGAGUCUGGACGAUGGAUGGACGGACGGACAGUUCCACAUGGGGAAGGGAGGGAGUCUGGACGAUGGAUGGACGGACGGACAGUUCCACAUGGGGAAGGGAGGGAGUCUGGACGAUGGAUGGACGGACGGACAGUUCCACAUGGGGAAGGGAGGGAGUCUGGACGAUGGGGAAGGGAGGGGCUGGAAUGGAAGGACAUGUAGCCUAUGAGGGGUGUAAGAUUAUAUAACAAUAAUAAAUAAAUAAAAAUGAAUCAUGAAAUAUAUAAAUAAAGUAAACAAAUGCGUUGCUAGUAAUUGAAUGAGACUUUUAUAUGACUCAAGCUGCCUGAGGGAGGACUUGACCGACAAGCAGGCGAAUGCAAAACAGAAAGGCUGUUCAUUUUGUUUGUUGUCUACUGGUCGGCCAUUUGCUUCCUCUCCCCUUCACAACUGUCCCCUGAUUGGUGGCUCGUGCAGUGACGGACAGGAAGUGAUGUCACCAGUAUCCUUGUUCCCUGGUUGGUGGAAUGGGAGUGGGAGGCUGGAUAGACUCCUCUUACUUUACAGACUCUUCAAAACGAGAGAGUGAGGAAGUCAGAGAGGAGAGAGAGGGGAGAGAGAGAGGGAGAGAGAGGGAAAGAGAGAGAGAGAGGGAGAGAGCGAGAGAGCGGGAGAGAGGGAGAGAGAGAGAGAGAGAGAAAGAGAGGGAGAGAGAGAGAGAGGGAGACUAGAAAGGGAUGGAUCCCAAUGAACUGUGCCAAAGCUCCUUUCACCUCCUCUUCCACUCACUCCUCUCUUCUCCACCCUUCCCACCAUGGGUUGUUUCUGCAUUCUGUUUCAUGUCUCACCCUCUUUUCAUCACCCUUACUUCACCACCCUCUUACCAUCACCCUGCUAGAGCUCUUAGAAACCACCGGUCCAAGCCAAAGGACACCACCUCACACAUGAACUGUUGAGUUUGGAACUCUGUAACCAUGGAAUGACAGCAUGGGUUCAGAUCAUUUACCCACCAGACAUCAUGUUGACCUCUAGCCUGGAAGACAGGACAGCUCAUGACUUUGGGCACAGAAAGCAAACAUAGCUCUGUGUAACUUAUAGGGACCAUGUGAGUCCCAGAGGACAAGAAGAACAAGAGUUGUGUUGAUUGAAGGGAGGAGGACUCUGAGACCUUGGCUGGACAUAUUGGAAUAAGAGAAGAGAGAGAGAGGAAACAUCUGCGUCCUUCUACAAUACAUAGGCCUCUCACUCUACCUUUAAAUGAAUGCUGUUUUAUCAUCUAACAGCAUCAUUACAUUGUCAUGGACUGGAUUACUGGUCACUGGCCCGUGGCCCCUAACUGUUCAAUAACAGACUGCUGUAUCUCUCUCUAUUCAACAGAUGGGCCACAGCUAUCAUGACCAUACCAAUAGCCAUCUCUAAGCCAAUGUCAUGAAAUUCACACAGCUACCAAGCUUUGUUAGGAGGAUGUAACACAUGUGUUAUAGAGUUAAAAUGUGUGUCUGGGAAUGAAUUCUAAAAAGCAGAAGAAAGCGAACGGAGGAACUCGGAGGACUGCAGAUUAUUAUAGUGGGGAUAAGGUACAUAGAAAUAGUUGUCCAUCAAAAAUUAUAUUUUAUUAAUAAUUACUUUUUCAUUUUAUACUUCAUAUAUGUAUUGUUUUGAUGAUCCUGUCUUUUGACACGGAGGCUUUGGUUUCGUCCUAUUCCCUAUGUAGUGCACUACUUUUUGCCAGAGUCCUAUGGUCCCCGGUCAAAAGUAGUGCACUCCCUAGGGUUCCUUCCUGCUUGGAAUGUCUAUUGUCCAAUCUCUGCCAAACGCUGCCCACUCUUCAGCCAAUGACAGACAAGCCUUUCCUUUGUCAUCCAAUGAGUGUUGUGGCAAAGUACUACUCAUGUAAAUAUCAGCAGACCUUAUCCUAUGCAGAUAAUGACACUUUUACAACAUACAGACUCCAGGUCUCUCAGAGUGUAUUCUUGUCUAUAUUAUUCUCUGUCAUCAUUGUCGUGAUGCGAUCCAUUAAUAUUCUCCAUGUGUAUAUUGUAUUAUCCCCCCACUUCAAAACAGUCAUAUUAAACCAAUAAUAGUGAUGAUUAUAAUAA